UCAGCGUCUUUGGUAAAGUAACAAAUUUGGUUUAAAAGCUCGUUCUCUGGUCGCGAUCACAAUUCGCUCAGAAAUCCGGAGAUAAAAGAACUCUUUAGUUGUUAGAAAAGACUUAGGACUUGAAAUGGAAGAACCACAACAAAAAACCACUCAAAUUGCCGCAAGAGAAAGAGGACCUGGGCCAGGUCGGUAUGGUUUACCCUCAACUUGUGGCUACAUCAGUCAUGAUUGCACGAAACACAAAGCAGCUGCUUACUCGAUGGGGAAAAGAUUGCAAAAUUCAAUGUUUCGUAAAGAUUGCAGCCCUGGGCCAGGAUAUUUCAUUGAGGCCUCGAUCACACGAGCUGGGAAAGAUGGAACACCUGUGUAUUCAAUCUUAGGCAGACAAAACGAUCCUAACACAUUCAAGACACCAGGACCUGGAACAUACUGCCCUGAACGAGUCCACCCUCAAGGAGAAAGACAUGCUCCUAUUUACUCGAUGGGAUCAAGAACAAGAUAUCGUAAAAGUGACAGUACUCCAGCUCCAAAUGCAUACGGUCUUCCACCAGUUCUUGGCAACAAGGUGAUCAACAAGUCGUCAGCUGCAUCAUACUCCAUGACAGGUCGUUCAAAAACCGGCGGCUUCUCUGAGGAUCUUGCAAAGACACCUGGGCCUGGACACUACAGAGUUACUGCCCCAGAUACAGUCAAGCAAAAUGCUCCAAAGUACUCCAUGUUAUCACGAAAUCACAUGCCUGGAGACUCAACAUUGAAACCUGGACCUGGAGCACACAGCCCAGAAAAAGUAUAUGCCACAAAGCCAAAGGCUCCAUCAUUUUCUAUGGGAAUACGACAUUCGGAAUUCAUAUGUCCUCUUAUUAUUGAUGUUCAAGAUUGAAUGAUCAAUUAUAUUGACUACAAUAUAUAGUUAUGACUUAAAAAUGCUUUCUCUUAAACCUUGGUGUGUAUUAUGGAACAAGUGUAUGCUGAUUUUUUACAAAAAACCUGGGAAAAAAAUAGGCAAAACUGGGUAAAAAAGUAAAGUAUGUGAAUAGGAUUAACUUUUAUAGUAUAUACAAUAAAUUUUAUUUGUACAAAACA